AUGGACGCCGCCGACCGGCGCGCCGCCGUGCGGGACCGCUACGCGAACGUGGCGAUGACCGGGUCAAGCUGCUGCGGCCCGUCGGAUUGCGGGACCGCGUCCCCGGGGGCUGACGAGGCCGCCGCCGAGGAAAUCAGCUGCGCGGUAGGCUACGACGAGAGCGAUCUGAGCCGCGUCCCGGAGGGGUCCAACCUGGGGCUGGGGUGCGGGAAUCCGGUGGCGCUGGCGUCGCUCGGCACGGGCGAGACGGUGGUCGACCUGGGUGCGGGCGCCGGGUUCGACUGUUUCCUGGCGGCGGAGCGGGUGGGGCCGGAGGGGCGCGUCAUCGGUGUCGACAUGACGCCGGAGAUGGUGGAGCGGGCCCGCGCCAACGCGACAAAGGGCGGCUUCGCCAACGUGGAGUUUCGCCUUGGCGAGAUCGAGGCGCUGCCGGUGCCCGAUGGCAUCGUGGAUGUCGUGAUCUCCAACUGCGUGCUCAACCUCUCGGGCGACCGCCCGCGCGUGCUGGCCGAGGCCAUGCGCGUGCUCAAGCCCGGUGGCCGGAUGAUGAUCUCGGAUCUGUUGUCGGACCUGGCGGUGCCGGACUUCAUCGCGGCCUCGAAGGAGUCGCUGGUGGGGUGCCUGCCCGUGCAGGUGGCCGAGUACGAGGCCGAUCUGGUCGCCGCGGGGUUCGUGGAGGUGAGCGUGGAAACCGGGCGGCGCUACCCGUCGGAGCACAUUCUGGCCGACCCGCGCGUGCAGGCGGUCAUGCAGCGCGAACCGUGGCGGGAGGGGGAGGUGCGGGACUUCGUGGAGUCGAUCCACGGAGGGGCCAUCGCGGCCGUGAAACGCCGUUUACACCGGAACUGA